ACUUUGCGCGCCUUUGUAUUCAUUUUAUGAAACUUAUUUUAUUUAUGUAUUAAAAAGUGUAUCUCCUUGUGAAAAUGGAGGGAGGAGAUUCAUUUUUAUCCUGUGCUGUGACUUUAGAAUGGAUGACACAAGGAUCUAUCACAAGAAAAGUGAAUUACAAGACUGCUUCCCUUCGAUUAAUACGAAACGAAUUUCGUGAGAUGUUUAUGGAGAUUUCAAGUGAGAAACAUGCUGCUAUAAGGUUUGCUUUAAAGGGUGUAAAUGUAUUUAAGAAGUUUAUGGUUGAAGGUAAAGCUAGCAUUAAGUUUCAAGAAGCAGGUUGUACUUUGUUUAUAUCCAAUGCACCACCUACUAACCUCGUGGGGUUUUUGAGAACAAUUUUCGUUAAAAUGACUGGAGAUAAAGAUCAAGGGAAUAAUACAACACCUGCGAAGCAGACUAUGCGAUCUAAAUUGUUGAGUGGAAAAGCACAAGCCUUUGAGGAAAUAAGCCCAGUUACUGUAGCAGAUAUUCAUAAUGCUAAGAAGAAAAUUCCAAAAUCUACAUUGACAACUCCUUCACCGCCAGCUAAGAAACGCAAAAAUGACGACAGUGUGAAAGGUCCUGCUCCAAAGAAGUUAUAUUCUCCAUCACCAUUGACAAACACUUGUUCAUUGAAUCCUGAGCAGCAGAGAGUAUUGGAGGCCUGUCUGGGAGGGAAGAAUAUAUUUUUUACUGGCUCUGCGGGUACAGGCAAGAGCUUUCUAUUGAAGAGAAUUGUGGCUGCCUUGCCACCAGAUGUCACUAUUGCUACUGCUUCCACUGGUGUUGCUGCUUGCCAUGUUGGAGGGACAACUCUUCAUGCAUUUGCUGGUAUUGGAGAUGGAAGUGGGACCUUGGAACACCUCUGUGAAAGAGCCAUGAAACUGCCACUUGUGGCUCAGAAGUGGAGGAAAUGUAAACAUCUCAUUAUUGAUGAAAUAUCUAUGGUUGAUGGUGGUUUCUUUGAGAAAUUGGAAGCUGUGGCAAGAUAUGUGAGGAAAAAUGACAAACCUUUUGGUGGAAUACAGCUGAUACUAUGUGGUGAUUUCCUACAGUUACCUCCUGUAGUGGAUAAGGGCAAGAAUGGGAAGAGAUUUUGCUUUCAGUCACCUUGCUGGGAUAAAUGUAUUGAACUAUGUUUUGAACUCAAACAAGUUCAUAGGCAGAAAGACUCAGAAUUUAUUUCUAUUCUGAAUAGCAUUAGAAUUGGUAGGGUCACUAAAGAAAUAAGUGACCGUCUAAUUGGGACUUCUCAACAAAAGAUUGAGAGUGAUGGUAUCCUAGCUACAAGGCUGUGCUCACAUACAAAUGACUCCAAAAUGAUAAAUGAUUCGAAACUAAGUGACUUAGAUGGUGAAGAGAAGAUAUUUACCUCUCAAGACAGUGAAAAUGCAACCAAACUACUUGACAUGCAAACUAUUGCUCCCUCAAAAUUAUUACUAAAGGUGGGGGCUCAAGUGAUGCUUUUAAAAAAUAUAAAUGUUAAUGCUGGCUUAGUAAAUGGAGCUCGAGGUGUUGUUGUAAGAUUUGAGGAAGGUUUUCCUGUUGUAAGAUUUAAAAAUAAGAAAGAGUACACAGCAAGAUCUGAAUGUUGGUAUGUCAAAAAUUCGAAUGGAUCGUUACUAUGUCGGCGACAAGUUCCAUUGAAUCUUGCGUGGGCAUUCUCCAUUCACAAAUCUCAAGGUUUAACCCUAGAUUGUGUGGAAAUGUCGCUAUCUAAAAUAUUUGAAGCUGGUCAGGCAUAUGUAGCCUUAAGUAGAGCACAAAGUUUAGAUACUCUGAGGGUUCUAGAUUUCGACUCGCGCCAUGUUUGGGCCGAUCCAAACGUUCUAGAAUUCUACCAACGGUUUAGAAGACGUUUGCAGCAAAUGGAAAUAAUUCCUCUUGGAAGACCAUUGUCUGACAAGACAAAUAAAAAAUUAAAAUUAAGGCAAAUAUUAGAAAAACAAAUGAAAAAUAGAUGA